GUCCGAGGAUGGAAGUUAGCAGCCGCAGCUGGGGUGUCCGAAGUGUCCACAUUGACGGAAGGACCCAGUGCUACCUGCUGGUCCCCGAGGACGUGUGACGUCAGCGGCUUCUGUUCCGGAGCACCCCUGCUCGGUUCCAGGCGUGCCCACAAGGCAUAGCUGCCGUCCGGCGCACAAGGCAAGGCGGGUGCGGCGUCACCCAGCGGAGGAAGACACCCCCUCACAAAAAAAAAAAAACAACAAAACAAUACUUUUCUUCACCUCCUCGCCUCUCCGGCCCGGACAUGUCCUCUGCUGUCACCGACACCGAGCAGUCGGCGCGCCGCUCCACGCUGACGCCGAUCAAGCUGGUCGGGCUGGUGUGCGUCUUCCUGGCGUUGUGCCUGGACAUAGGCGCCGUAAUGAGUCCUGCGUGGGUGACGGCGGACGACCAGUACUACCUGUCCCUGUGGGAGUCCUGCUGGAAGCCGACCGGUACCGACAAGUGGCAGUGCAGCAGCACGCUCGGCUCAGACUGGCAGCUGGUCACAUUGGCGCUGUUGUUAGGGGGCGCCGCCCUGGUGCUGAUGUCGUUCCUGGUGGCGCUGGUGGCCGUGUGCAUCGGCACCAGGUGGCGAUUCUACGGCCCCGUCGCGUUCAUGCUGUUAGCCACAGUGGUCCUGCAGACUUGCGGCCUGGUCCUGUACCCCGUGAAGUUCAUCGAGAGCAGCAAUCUGAAGAUUUAUCACGAGUUCAACUGGGGCUACGGCCUGGCCUGGGGCGGGACCAUCUUCUCCUUCGGCGCCGGCGUUCUUUACUGCCUCAACCCAAAGAGCUAUGAGGAAUACUACUAGGGUGGGGGUGGGGGGUGGUGGGAUUAGGGUUUGGGGCUUGAACUCAAGCAUUGUUGCACCAAAUUGACACGUCCGCCUCCGUGGUGCCGAAAGAAACCAAUCGAUCCUUAAAGAAGACUUCAGACUGGGAUGUAUUUAUUGAACGGCAUGUUUUCCCAGCAUUGGGGCCCGGGGGUGGGGUGCGUCAUGGUGGCACACACCAAUUCUUACUGCAUAGUCAUGUGACAAACUUUCAUCGUACCGUCAUUUUUACCGCGGGGGGUGAAAACGUGCUAUGGUUCCACCAUCAUCAGGGUCAGGAGAUCGCUAUCUCUGUUAUCGAUUAAUGGGUCUGUAAAUCUUGGCAACCCCGCCGGGUACGUGGAUUGGGACGGUCCCUCAAGGUCUGGUUUAGAGUUGGUCCAAGAUGGACAUGGACACAGCCAACAUUCAGUACCUCCGUGUCCAAGUCCAUGGUUCUUACUCGGGAAAUUCAGUGCUGUCUCUGGGUCGGGAUUGAGAUCCUUGAGAAGUGGAGGAGUUUAAAUACCUCCGGGUCUUGUUGGAAGGAUGGAAUGGGAUUCGGGAGCCGAGUCGGAAGGCAAAGCUUUCAUGUUCCUACCCUCACCGAUGCUUUGGUUCAAGCGGCCGAUAUGAGUUUCCGCCAUUGGGCAUAUUAGGGAUGUCCGAUACUGGCUUUUUUGCCAAAAACUCUAAAUUUCUGAUACCAAUAUCAGCCCAUACCAAUAUGUGUAACAUGACAUAUAUCAUGAUGUCACGUGGUGGAAUGAACACAAAUAUUGUUUUUCAUGAUCUGGAAAAAAUCUGAAAGCGAUAUAGACCGAUAUCACAUUUUAUACUGCUAUUGGGCCGAUAAUUAUUGGGCAUCCCUAAAAUAUUUAAUGAAUUUUUUUCAAAGAAUAAUUCCAAGUAAAUUAUGAUUUAAAUGAUUUAAAAUUACGUUGGAAUAUAAAUAAAAAUAUAAAAAAUAUAUAAAUAAAAUUAAAUAAAAAUAUAUAAAUAAUAUUAAUAUUAUAUGUCCAUAUGUCAAUAUGUCAAUGUCAAUAUUAAUUACAUAUCUAUAUUAGAAUAUAUAUAUUCGUUUGACAAUUUAAACAUUUGAAAUAUACUAAUAUGUAUAAAACAUAAUAAUAAUCAUAAUAAUUAUCAUCAUCAUCAUUGUUGAAUGAAUAAAAUCAAAUUAUGAAUUAAUAAAAUAAUUUGUAUUUAAAAAUAUACAAAUGUAUGCAUUAUAAAAAUAAUUAUAAAUAUGUAUUUACUAUAUUUUUAUAUAAAAAACAAUCUUUUUUUUUAACGGUACAAGAUACCUCAAUCGGAUUGGGGAAAGGAAUAUUCCACCCCCGUGAAUCCGAUUUUAUAUUCAUUCGGAUUGGCACUUUUCUUUCGGAAUGAGGUGCAUACAAAGGUUUGGUUCUUUCCGUUUGGGUCCAUGUAAACAUGGCUUGUGUCUCUCUACUGGCCGGGAAAUGCCUCGGGAUCCACCGGGAAGUGGCGAAGUACCCGGGAACAGUGAAGUCUGGGCUCCUCUGCCGCCCCCAUGACUCAACAUCGGAUCCAAGAUGGAUGACUAUAUUGAUGACCCAAUGAAUGUUGGUUGUGUCGCAGAUUCUGUUCAUUAAUUGGGCAGAAUUUGUAGACCAAGGGCGGUUUGGAGCCGACUGUGAAACUUCUAGGAUGAGACUCAGCACCUCCAAAGAUGAGGUCCUGGUUCUCGGACAGAAUUCUAAGGGUGGACUGAACCUUUUGGGUUGGGAAUGAGGUUUCACCCUAGUAAAGUAUCUUGGGAUCUUGUUGUCAAGUCAUCGUUGGGGAGGUCUGAGUCAAGUCGAUGCUCCUUCCUGGUUCCUAUCUUGUCCGGAUACUUCCUGGGAGGCGUCCUUGGUGCAGACCAGGACAUUUUAGAGGGAUUAUCGAUUAAUGGGUCUGUCAAUCUUGGCAACCCCGCCGAGUACGUGGAUUGAGACGGUCCCUCAAGGUCUGGUUUAGAGUUGGUCCGAGAUGGACAUGGACACAGCCAACAUUCAGUACCUCCGUGUCCAAGUCCAUGAUUCUUACCCGGAAAAUUCAGUGCUGUCUCUGGAUCUGGAUUGAGAUCCUGGAGAAGUGGAGGAGUUUAAAUAACUCCGGGUCUUGUUGGGAGGAUGGAGCGGGAUUCGGGAGACCAUGACACAGACCAGGACAUUUGGAGGGAUUCUGUACCACAGUGGAGUUUUCACCACAGCAUUUUUAUGGGAGUCUCAAGGUACGAAUCCUACCGUGAUUGAUGGCAGUCAACCUUCAGUUAGUCGUAAGUCCAAUCAUCAUGUUGUUUUUCUCAUCUAACCUUCAUCACUUUGACACAUGCCGCAGAU